AUGCCACUGACUUUGACUCAACCAUGCUCCUCAGGGACUUUCCUGAUGCUGUUGCUGUCAAGCCUACUCCUGUGGGAGGGAGUGGCCUCUGCGCCCAUGAAUAUCAGUAACACUGGCCUUAGUGAAGUGUCCCUCAAAGACCUAUUGGAAAAUGCCACUAUACUGUCUGAGAACAUCAGUGACCUUGCUAGAGACAUGCGCCUAGAAUUUAUCUUAAGUUUGUACCAGAACAAGGAAAUGGAUAAACUCUCAAAACACUGCCACAUUCUUCCCAUCGAAUCUCCUAACCCAAAAGAGGAUGUCAGGAAGACCUUGGUUGAAGACCUAUCAAAUACGACACUCCGUAUACUGCGUGACUGGAAAGAUCCUCUGAAACAUCUAGUGAAGGAACUCAGUGCUAUGCCAGGGGUCCCCGAUGUUAUCCUGUCAAUGGCCAAAGCCAUUGAGGACCAACACAAAAUCUUUCUAGAGCACUUCGAGAAGCUAGUACAUAAGGUUAAUCCUGCAAUCCAAGAAAAUGAAGACUUCCCAGUCUGGUCAGAUCUGGGAACUUUGCAGAUAACUGAUGAAAGAAUUCAUUUUUUUGCUCUAUAUAUGUAUUCGUUCUGCCUGCAACUUGACCUGCAAAUAGCUGAAUAUUAUAUCCGUCUCCUGAAAUGUGUAUACGUGACUGGUGACAUCUGUUUCUUUCAAUCACGUGGUACACCUUCAUGAAGCUUCUUUUAAUUUUAU